GCAGAACCAGGUCAACAGCCGGAACUCGGUGUGAGCCAACCGCGGCGCUGCACACUCUGCAUUGGCUGAGAGCUGAGGCAGGGGCAGGCCCAGGCUUGCGAUUGGCUGUUGCAGCAGGGUGUCUGGAGGGCUUAGCGGUCGGCGGGCCCUACCAUAGUCAUGGAGACCUCGUCGGUGCUCACCCGGGGGGCUUCACGGCAGCGGGGCUCCACGGCCCCGGAGAAGCAGGCGCAGGACCAGCCAGAGCGGAGGCGGAGGAGGCAGGGGCGGAGGAUCAACAAGGAUCAAGAGGAGGAAGCUGUCUUCAGAGAUGUGGUCAAUUUUGCUCCGGAUCCUUUACCAGCUAGAUAUUAUGACAAGGAUACUACCAGACCUAUCAGCUUUUACCUAUCAACGCUGGAGGAGCUCCUGGCCUGGACCCCCCUCAUGGAAGAUGGCUUCAAUGUAGCCCUGGAACCCCUGGAGUGUCGCCAGCCCCCACUGAGCAGCCCCAGGCCCCGGACCCUGCUGUGCCAUGACAUGAUGGGCGGGUACCUGGAGGACAGGUUCAUCCAGGGCUCAGAGGUGCAGAAUCCUUACUCCUUCUACCACUGGCAGUACAUCGACAUCUUUGUGUACUUCAGCCAUCACACGGUCACCAUCCCACCAGUGUGCUGGACCAACGCCGCCCACAGGCACGGGGUGUGUGUGCUGGGGACCUUUAUCACAGAGUGGCAAGAGGGAGGCAAACUCUGUGAAGCCUUCCUGGCCGGGGAUGAGCGCUCCUUCCAGGCAGUGGCCGAUCGGCUGGUCCAGAUUGCUCAGUUUUUCCGUUUUGACGGCUGGCUCAUCAACAUUGAGAACUCCCUGAGCCCAGCUGCCGUGAGGAACACACCUCUGUUUCUCCAGUACCUGACCAGACAGCUCCAUCAGCAGGUCCCCGGAGGUCUGGUGCUGUGGUAUGACAGUGUGGUACAGAGCGGACAGCUCAAGUGGCAGGAUGAACUGAACGAACAGAACAGGGUCUUCUUCGACUCCUGUGAUGGCUUCUUUACCAACUAUAACUGGCGGGAGGACCACCUGAAGAGGAUGGUGGCGCAGGCCGGGGAGCGCCUGGCUGACGUGUACGUGGGCAUAGAUGUGUUUGCUCGGAGCAAUGUGGUCGGAGGCCGUUUUGAUACUGACAAGUCACUGGAGCUGAUCCGUAAGCAUGGCUUCUCAGCGGCCCUGUUUGCUCCGGGGUGGGUGUAUGAGUGUCUGGAGAAGAACGACUUCUUUCAGAACCAGGACAAGUUCUGGAGACUGCUGGAGCGCUUCCUGCCCACACACAGUAUCUGUUCCCUCCCCUUUGUCACUUCUUUCUGCCUGGGCCUGGGUACUCGAAGAGUCUGCUAUGGCAAGGAGCAGGCAGUGGGGCCCUGGUACCACCCUAGUGCCCAGGAGACACAGCCCCUCUUUGGUGAACAUAAGCUGGCUGGUGGCAAUCGGGGCUGGGUGAAGACACACUGCUGCCUGGUUGACGCCUGGCACGGGGGCAGCUCUCUGCUGCUCCGGGGCCUGAUCCCGCCUGAGGUUGACAGUGUAGCUGUGAGGCUGUUCUCUAUGCACGUCCCAGUGCCUCCCAAGGUUUUCCUGUCCAUGGUGUACAAGUUUGAAGGCUCAACGGAUGUCCAGGUGGCUUUGGAGCUCACGACAGGGGAUGCCAGCAGCUGCCAUGUGGGCGGUGUGUUGGUGUUAAAUGCAGAAACUGGCACACGGUACAGCCCCAGACCCCUCCGGGUACCCCCAACCAGGUUGGCCAGAUGGGCCAGCAGUUGUGGCCAGCAGCUCAGUGGGGGCUGGAUUCAACGCUGCUAUGAGGUAAACCUUCGUGGGUGCCUGCUCCAGGACCUCUUGGUGAGCUUCUCACGGCCACCAGGCAGCCGGGAGGAGGAGAGCUUCAUCUGUCGUCUUGGAGAGAUCCAGGUGGUUGAUGCCAACAGCCUUCUGGCCCCUUUGCCCCGGGUGCAGAAUGUCACCAUUUCACAGCUACGCUGGCUUCCUCUGAUCUCUGGGUCUGAGGGCCUCCCUACCCGGCUCCUCCUCAGCUGUACCCUGCACUGGUCCUACCUGCUGCCCCGAGCCCGCUGCUUCCGGAUUCACUGCUGGGAACGGACAGGAAGCAGCUCUGCAACAGAGGAAUCCCCAGGGACAGAGAAGCCCGAGUUCCUGGGCCUGGCUUUUGCCAACCAGUACCGCGUGGUGGACUUGGCAGUGGAGGCUGCUAGAUUUGGGCAGGACGGUCGUGUGGAGUUCCUGGUGGAGCCUGUCCCCAGGGAGGGUUUCCUAGUGCCUCAGGCUGAGUGGGGAAGGGCAGUACUGCUCUACUCGGCCCCUCAGUGAGCCCACUCCAGAGCACAGAACCUCCUUGCUCAAGGCUUGAGGUCUCUCCUUGGCCAGCUUCCCAAGCUUGAGUGGAUGGCUGAGGAUAGCUGGAUCCCCAGGAGACAAGGUCUCCAGGUUCUGGCUGUGAUCUCAGGAAGCUCUGGCCCAUGGGUACUAGGUGAGUCACCUAGCACCCACAUCCUCCUGUAAUGCUCUCCGUGGGAUGUGGUUCUCAAGGAAGAAGGAGAGAGUUUGAGGUUCCUUCCAGAAAAUUCUAUAAAGACUGUUUCUCCUAGGCUGAAAAGAUGCUUCUGUUGAGAACGGCGGCCAUUAAUCCCCAUAGCUUUGACAAUCAGAGGCAAACUGCACUGGUGGCAGUAAGGCUUCUUGAAGACUGAAGCAACAGUCAGGGUAGGAGUGGGAGUCAGGGGUGCUCACAGGGUAGCUGGAGUGGUGCUCCCCAGGACCAGGAGCACCAUCAGGUGGCUACUGGCACCACACCCCCACCUGUACAAGAUGGGCCAGUCACAUUUCGGACUGUCUGGAUGGUGGCUCUGGCAGCUGACUGUCCCAGGGAACCCCACGUCCCUCACCUGUGCAGUAUAGGCCGUUGGCUAUGUGAAGGCACAGAGGGUGCCAGCAUCUUUUUAUGUCAUCCAAGAGGCAGGGCUUGAGCCCUGCCUCCCUGCAAGCGGUGGCAUCCUUAGCUUUACCAAAGCCCUGUAGAUGACACUAGGCUGCACCGGAACUUCCUGCUGCGCGUCUGUGUCUCGGGUGAUGCCACCAGCACUUUCCUGCUGCUUCUCCUAGUGUUCAGGACCUCUCACAUCUUUUCUGUGUUAAGAAUGUGACCCGCUUUUUGUCUGUGGUCUGACCUGUGGCCCUCAUGCUGUAGUAUGGGGAGAGGCCACAAGAUGGCAGAGUGGCCUUUGCCAUCUUCUGAGGUAUAGGGGUUGGAUGGGUGGGGCUUCCUCAGAUUCCUGAGUGUGAGGCAAGGGAGAGCAGCUCCAGCCUGUAUGGGCUGAGCGCUCCUCCCCCCACCCACCAUCUUCCCUGCUUCCCUGGGCACCCUGUUCUUCCGGAGUGAAGUGUAAGGGUGAGACUGGGAACAUUCUGCCCUGUUUCUCAUGUGGUCCUACCAGGGCCUCUGGUAAAGCCUAGGCUACUCCUGUACCCCAGCUCUGGGAUGGGGGAGAGGCCCUGGGGCCGUGCUGGCCUUCCUCUGGCUUGUCGUCCAGAAUCUGCCCCACCCCACCCCGGGGGCCUUGGCUCUCCCACUCCCAGCCAGGGUUCUGUGUGGCUGGAGUGGAGUCAGUGGGGAGCAGGGCAGCGCUCCUGAAUGCUCUCCUUCCCCGUGGCACCGAGUCUGCUUUUAAAAGUGCUGGUUCCUUCAAAUAUUUUAUGCAGAGAAGGAGAGAAAAUUUAUAGUGGCAAUUAUUCCCUCACAGUCUGGCAAGCAAGCAAUUAGAAGUAAGGGGGCUUAGCAGAGCCACAGCGUGAGGCAGAGCAGCGCAACCUCACUUCCCAGGAGCAUGGUCCCCAGUCCCAGCAACGCUGGCUCCUGCGCAGGAAAAUUAAUCUGCCGGCAUUUAAGCCUCGGCCCCUCUGGUGGAUAUAAUCGCUCGGAAAUAAAUUAUCCAAUGUGAAAAA